AUGGCCCUAGAACCAAUUGACUACACCACGCACUGCCAUGCCAUUGAGGAUGCUUUUCAGAAAGUUGUCCGGGCUACAGACGAUAAAAUUGACUGGCUAAUCUUGUCUCCAAAUGGUCAAAAACAGUACGCUCCAGAAAAGUUGGGUUUGGGCUUUAGCGAAUUUUUGAGCUCAUUUGAGGACUCUAAAGUCGAAUACGGUCUGGCCAGAGUCAGUCCUCCAGGUUCGGACGUCCAAAAGCUUGUUUUGGUCGGAUGGUGCCCUGAUAACGCGCCGUUGAAAACAAGAGCAUCAUUUGCUUCCAAUUUCGGUGUCGUGGCCAACCAAGUCCUCAAAAGCUAUCAUGUUCAGGUCACUGCUCGAGACGAGGACGACUUGGACGAAAGAGAGCUUUUAAACAAAGUCAGCAAUGCUGCUGGCGCUCGUUACUCCAUUCAAAAUGAGGGCCCCACCAGAACUUCCUCUGCUCCAAAACCACGGCCUUCAGGUGUGCCAAAAAAACCCGAGACCACAACAAAAACGUCAUCGAAUGGCAAGCCAGCUACUUCUACGAAACCACCUUUUGUCGAGCCAGCUGCUCCCGCUCCAGCGGCUUCUACCAAGGCAAACGCCAGAAACGCUGCUGCAGACGAUGACUGGGACGAACCCGAGGUUGAAGAGCGCGAUUUGGAUUCGAACCCACUCAAACCAAACAAAUCUGCGUGGAACCCAGUAGGGAAAGUCGAUUUGCAAAAGGUUAUUGCCGAAGAGAAUUCCAAGUCAGAUCCUCGUCUUGUGAACGCAACAGAAGCAGGAACGCCAUCCAAGAUAAAUCCAAAAGACGAUAUUGAAAGAUUGAAAAAAGAGUCCAAGGUUCAAAGAGAUGCAGCAAUGAAAAAUUACUUCGGUACAAAACCUCCAUCCACUAUGAUGCCCAAAAAAAGUGACGACAUGGUGGUGAAGGGUUUCCAAAGUCAGAAAUCGCCAGCUCAGAUCUGGGCUGAAAAACACCAAGGCCAGCCCUCUACCACGAACGGUGGGUCGAAGGCUGCAAACGCACAGACUGACGAGCUCAGUGAGUCGGACGAAGAAGUGCCACCAGAGGUUUCUGACAUCAAGACAAAAUUUGAAAAGAUGAAUACAAAAGAGCCUCAUAUAAUCAAACCGGGACAGGUCGAGCGCCCAGUUCCAAGCACUGAGGCAGAGCCAACCGCGCCAGCUGCUCCUAGCGGACAGAAAAUGCCUAUAGGAAACCCGCUACCAGGCAUGCAACCUAAAAUCGAUGUUGAAUCUGAAGAAAACACCGACGACAACGAUGAUUGGGACGACGAUGACGAUGAAGACAAGAAGGAGAUGCUAAAGACCACCAUGCUUACUGAAGCGAAGCCUGUGACAGCUCCUGUGCCAAGUGUCGUUCCCAAGACUCAAAGUGUCGACAAGAAACUCAUGCCCGAACCAGAGACAACGCCUGCUUUACCUACUCGCACUACUGAAUCUACAUUUGUGCCUCCCCCACCACCACGAAGAAAUGUGCCGGCUCCCACUGAGGCGACUAAGGAACCUGAACAGCCUGUCGAGGAAUCUGAGCCGGAAUCUGACGUUGAGGAGACAACCACUACUGAACAAGAAAAACUUCCCUCUGCGAUUGCCGAGUAUGACAAUGAAGCUGAGGAACACAAUGAACUUGCCUUCAAGGAGGGUGAUUUGAUCAUUAACAUCGUCUUUGUCGACGAUGACUGGUGGUUAGGUGAGCUAGAAACAACCGGCGAAAAAGGUCUGUUCCCCAGCAAUUACGUGCAAUUGGUCGACUAA